AGUGACAUGGACGUGGACGAGAAAAUCAACUGCAAGUUUGAAGUGGACGAGGUCGACAAUGACAAUUCUCCCCAUCCUCCAGCCUCAGGCCCCGCGUCUGUGCUACGGGAGGCCGGUGUGACUGUCCCAGAGAAUGUUGGUGGUCGCGAAAAGGUCAAUGAAGCUCCCACAAAUAUUGUGUUUUCCUCAUCGGUAGAAAGCAUGAGCAAUGAGCCCCCCACAGUUGUUUAUACUUCAAAUAAUGCAGGUCAGGAAGUUAGCCAGUUGACAGAAAAUGAAUGUGUUGUUGCAGUCUCAUCCUCCCCUGCUCUAUUUGUUUUGCAAACAUUACCCACUCAGUCCCUAAUAGCAGGGAAUUCUGCAGCGACUGACAAUACUACUCUAACAUCACUGCUUGAUAAUAAGAAAACAUCCGGGGCAGGGUUACCGAUGAAUCAGUUCCAGCUCAGAACAAACUUGAGUAGUGAGGCGGCUACUGUAGUUCAUCCACAAGGCACAGUUGUCAGUUGUGAGGAUCCGAGUCUUGCACAGGGAGGCAUACCAGUGGUGAUAGAACAAGCUAUGGGGUGUUCUUCAUUGCCUUCAACAUCUAACCUGAGCUCCGAUUACUUUGUUGUUGUGGAAAAUUCUGAUGGCUCUCACGUUUUGUCAAGACUGAUUACGGGGAAUGUGCUUGCAGGUGAAGAUAAAGAUGCUUCUGAAAGCACUUCAGUUAUGUCCAACUCCCAGCCAUUGCUGGAAGGGGUGACGAAAGAAUCGUUUUCUUCAAAUAUUCCACAACAGCAGCAGCCGCAAUCGAUCACAGUUGUGCUUGGAGGUUCUGGGUCUCAGCUGGUUCCCCAAAAUAUUUUGUUAAAUUCAAAUUCCUUGCUUACUCAAGGAACUGAAUCGAAGUUUCUGUCAGGACAAUUACCUUAUCAGACAGUUGUAGCUGCUUCAGAAAGUAUUGACAACAGGUCUGCCAAUCUAACCUUGCCUGUAGCUGGGCCUGAAAUGAAGUCAUUUGACUCGGCUGACAUGUUUGUUACGGAUGUGGAUGAAAGUUAUGCCUCAACAAGCGCAAAAAAUGAACAGUUUGCAGAAAUGGGUUCUGAUGGAAGUGCUGUUGUUCAUGCUGCCUGUGAACGAGAUCAUGAGAAGUUGAACGCAUCUCAUGGAAGGAGAAACAACACGGCUAAGGGACUAAUUAUGUCACAUGAGGUCAGAGGUGGACCAAUGGCAACAACGUAUAAAUCAGACAUGGCAAGUGGAUCAGAAAGCUCCAACAGGGAAAGUGAAGAGGUGAAACAGAAGAAAUUGUUGGAGGAACAGCGCAGGCUGAUACAGUCCCACCUUCAGCACCACAUUCAAGAAAGUAAAAAGAAACAUUUAGAAUCCACAGUAAAUAACCUAGCGUGGACUGAGGAGAUGAGGAAGCUAGAGAAAUUGGGCUUCUCAGAUGACACUCAGAUUUUUUGUGAUGUUACAGCAGAACUGAAUUCUGCCAUUCUUGAGCAUGUUCCAGGGUGCCAGCAGUUUUUGUUGGAUCUGGCAAAGAAAAACCCAAAUUCUUUCAAUUGCAGUGAUGAAAAUUGGUCAUUUAAGGGAGAUGUCAAGGCCUUGAUAGAAUUGUACAAUUCUUUAAAAAGUUUGAUCAGGCUCAGGUCAAAAACUUUAAUUCGAUUUCAAACAUUUGAAGAAUCGCCUGAAGCGUUGAUGCCUUCAGAAAAGUGUCCCAAGAACGAGAAAGCUGUUAACUGUAAUUUGUUAGUGCCUUAUGUCUCCUCAAGGGGAAGACAUCUGAAGCAAUCUCAUAAGUUUUCAGGUGCAGGGUAUAUCCAGUUCUCAGACUCUUUUUUAGUGUCUAGUGACCUGCAAGAUCAGAAUGACGUAGAAUAUGGGAAAAAUUUUCCACCCAAAAUGAGACGCUGUCGAAGGAAGCAAAGACGGCCAAGCAAAAAUGUGAAACUUUCAAGGUUAUCUGAUAAAAAUACAGAACUGGAAAAUGCAGUGUCAUAUGACAGUCAGUGUGGAAAUGAAGAUAAUGGAAACCACUGUGAAUCACUUGAAAAUGUUGUCAGUAGUGACAAAUUGAAAGUUGAACCUGAAAGGGAAUUUUUAAGCAAACAAAGUACCAGCGAAGACAUGGACCCUCUACAGAAGAGACUGCAGGAAGAGCAAAUGAAGUACCGAGAGAUAAUGGAUAAACGUCAGAAGCACACGCACCCAAGACCUCAAUCAAAUCUUGUAGAAAUGGAAGUCACUCAACAGGUGUUGACCGAUGACAAAAAUGAAAGUAUGGAUGGGGAAACCACGUCAUCAGACUUACAAGAGACGAUUGUAUUGGAUGGGAAUGAGUUACCUAGUAAGAGAAGAGGCCGGCCUCCCAAAAAGUACGAUCACUUUGUCACAACAGAGAAAAUGAGGCCGAGAAACCCUUUGACUGAAUCGGCUUUGACGAAACAGCGCCGAAAUUAUGAGGAACACAUGGCCUUUAAGUUCUUUUGUACGCAAUGCUCGUUCAAAAGUAAACGACAAAGCCACUUUCUCAACCACAUCCAGUGCCACAAGGAUGGCAUGGAGAAAAAAUACUCGUGUGAACAGUGUGACUUUGUCAGUAUCAGUCCCAUCAUGCUGAAGCGACACGAACUGAAACACAAGAAGAUUCUCUACAAGUGCAAGGUGUGUGCUGCCUACACCACAGACCGACCGGGCUUGUUGCAACGACACAUCAGGCUGAAGCACAGCUCCCCGUCAAAUGUAGUCCAGCUGCACUGCUCCCAGUGCCCGUUUGUGUGUAGCACGCCGCAGGGUCUGGCCAAACACACGCAGAAGCACAGGAAAACUGACGGCCGAAGGGAUGAGCAGGAAGAAGGCUCUCACAGCUGUAACGAAUGCGAGAAAGUUUUCCGGAAUCGCAUGCACUUACAGCGGCACAUGAGAGAUGUGCAUGGGCCAGAGCUACGCCCCCACCUGUGUGAUACCUGCGGGAAAGCCUUCAAAAGAACCGACGCGCUCCAGCAGCAUAAGCUCGUGCAUCUGGCACGUUCCGCCCGGCAAUUGCCGUUCAAGUGCAGCACAUGUUCCAAGGCGUUCCGUUCUCAAGCUCACCUCAAGGAACACAUGUCCAUGCACAGCUCCGAGCGGCCUUACCUCUGCCAGUAUUGUGGAGCCGCAUUCAAAACCCAACCCGUGCAGAAAAAGCAUAUAUUGACACUGCACAUCAAACCAAGGACUCAUGUGUGCGCUGUGUGCUUUCGACAGUUUAACACCAAGCACGCGCUACAGCGUCACGAGAGCACGCACGACAAAGCUGACUCGGCUACGGAAGUAGCUGUGCUAGAGAUGCAGAAGAGUGAAAAACUGGACAUGAAGUCCUCCCAGGAGAUUGCUGUGCUCGACGGUCAAGCCAGUUUGUCGGUAGCUCCGACUGCGACCAUCACCGUCACGGGCCACCCGGCCAGCUGUUUAGUGCAAGACUUGAUGGGCUCGGUGGCCGCCCCACCAGGGGAGGAAACUGCUGUUGACCAGGAGGGACAGAGCCUGCCGCAGAACUUUAUCCCGGGCAGUCAGGUGACCUCUACCAUGUAUUACUUCACCGAGGAGUUGCAGCCUCUGUAAUUCGGUGGCUUGUCUCAUUUUUUGAAUAUUUGACCCCUUUUUUUGUGUGUGUGCAUUUUAUGGGUUUUGCUUUCUCCUUCUCGAGAUAAGAUUUUGCUUUGGAUUUUUUCUUUUCCCCAUCUUGAGUACAGAUGCAGAGCUUUUUUCUCCUUAACUUCUAACCUUCUCACUCACUGCUCCUCAGGUCUACAGCAGAGCACAGAUAUCUUGAACAUACAAACUCGAAUUCAUGGAUAACUCAAACUAUAUGUUACAAUAUGUGCUAUUCAUUCCAUGACGAAACCGCUAGGUCUAUAUUUAGGGGCAGCACUGUAUUCUCAAAAAGACAUGCGAGAUAUUUCGAACAGUGCAUUACCUCUCUAGUUUUUUGUGGGAAUAUGUGCUAGAACUCCCUUGAAUCUUGUCGUGUGAGGGUGGGGGAUGGGUUGGUGGGGUGUGAUUGAAGACAGAUGGUGUGGCGCUACAUUGAGCCGUAAUAUGUUUUGUGAAUUAUGUUCACAAUCAUAAUGUUUUUAUGCAUGGAUGUGUGUGUCAUUGUUUGAACGGGAAGGCAUCUAUUGGAAAGUGAUUACACUAGAGGGAUGGGUGGCGUUCUCUGACCAGUGUUGGUUAUAUCUUCAUAAUCAUGAUCUGACAUAGAGCAGUUUUGUUUUUUUUUAAAGUGAAAGGCUCAUCAGCAUCACUCUCUUCCUUUCUAUUGCUCCGACACCGAACAAGGCACAUGCUCUGAUGAUAUCCUAUCAUCCUUUUUUCGAUACUGGAUAUUUUUCAUGAUGGCAGAGAGAGAGAAGACUUAAUUGCUGGUCAAUAGAAACCAGCCAUUAUAUUAUUGUCAUAGUUACUUCCCUUGAUUUCCCUCGCACUCUUAUUUUAUCCUUCAUUUUCAUGAUCACUGUUUACUCAAAUUGUGGACGUGUUGAACAUGACACAUAUUUUGCCAAUCCCUGAUGUGUUCGAGGUAUCUGAGCUCGACUGGUUACAGAUUUUCUUCUAUUUCUGUUGUGGUCAUUUUAUUUAUUAUUUAGGCCUCUAUAAUCUUUUAUGUUGUGUUUGCUGUGCCGUUAUCGGUUUGUCAUGAGUAGGAAAUGAAUUUUUCACUGUAGGCUUCAUUUGUGAUUUAUUUAUGUUUUUAAAAAAAAUUGCCAUUUUAAAAAAUCGCUUUUGUAUUUUAUGGAAGUGUUUGUGUUUGGCUGAAGUUUUGUUGAAACGCGUUGUUCCUGGUAUCUUGUGAUAGAUCAUACACAUGGGAGUUUUCUUUUUAAAGAAAUUAACAUUGCUCUAUGGUAGGCUGUAGGUGUCGCAAGACAGGGAAAGUUUUAUUGGCUUCUCUACUGUACUUGUUUUUAAAAAAAUAUAAAGUUUGUGUCUAGCUUCAUCAGAUUCAUUUAUAAUUCUGUCUGUGUUGGAAUGAAAUAAACCACAUGGUUUGGAUAUCAUGAGAAAAUACAAGGAAGCAGCCUACUUUUUUCACUUUUAUCUCUGAGAUUAAUUUUUUAAAGAUACAUAGACCUGUUGUUUUUUUAAAUAUGUUUUGAUGCAGAUUGAUUUUAAUUUUAUCUUUUAAACUGAAAUUAACAUCAUUUACUGUUUCUUUGAGAUGCUAAACUUUUGCUGAGAGACAGAAUUAGAGGAAUGCCUUGAAGGGAACAGUUCUAUCUUUGUUUUAAAGACAUAUGAUUUGUUUUUGUUUUAUCCUUUUCAAAAUCAUUUCCAGAUAGAAAAAGUCUUUAAAUAUAAUGUCAAAUUGGUUUCUGUAAUCAAAUCCCCCAAAUUGUCUUAAAAAGUGUUUUAAUAAAACAUUUCAAGUUUUAGUAGGAUCAGGGGGAAUUAUUCUGGUUUUUCUUUCUUUUCUUUUCUUAAAAAUGUUUUUGGGGUAAAGCAUUUUCAUUUAGUCCUUAUCAGUUUUGAGAGGUGGUCCUCUCUUUUGCGGUUUUCUUGUUCAUUUUGUCUGUGUGUACGGUGUGUCUUGGUACAUGUAGUGGAGUUCGGUUUUUGCUAAAUGUCUUCUACUUUAUGUUGUCUACAGUUGUGUGUAAUGGUAUAUAUAUAUAUAUAUAUAUUAUACUGAUGCUGCUCUUACCGAGUGCCAGCAUUGUGUUUGAUCUCACAGUUUCUGAUUGUUACCAGCCAUGUUUUUCUGCACAUAUAAAGAAAGUCUAGCGCACAUAGAGCAAAAUGGGUGUGGCACAUGGACAUUUUUUCCGUUGUGUACGACUUUCACUUUGCAUGUGAUAAAUACAAAGAAUAUAUGUGAGGCAGCGUGAUGGAAUCAGGCUCUCGU